AUGGGAAAACUAUUAGGGUUGGAGCUCAACAACUUCAAGUCCUAUAAGGGUACAGUACGCAUCGGAUUUGGCGAUUCCAACUUUACAAGUAUCAUAGGUCCUAAUGGUUCAGGCAAAUCAAACCUUAUGGAUGCUAUAUCAUUUGUGUUAGGCGUCAAAAGUAGUCACCUAAGGUCUCAUAUGCUGGCAGAUCUGAUCUAUCGUGGAAGUGUAUCUCAAAAUGCUGAUGAUGAAGAUAUCGCGGGUGGUGGGCAGCUUGGUCAAAAUCCAACUUCCGCUUAUGUCAAGGCCUUCUACAGCAGAGGCGAAGACGAAGACGAAGCAGAGCUCAUUGAGUUGACGAGAAUAAUCACAAAUGCACAAGAUAGUGUUUAUAAGAUUGAUGGAAGAACUGUUAGUUUCAAACGCUAUUCGGAAUUCUUGGAAUCAGAGAAUAUCCUCAUUCAGGCUCGAAACUUUCUGGUGUUUCAAGGUGACGUUGAGCACGUAGCUUCUCAAACACCUGCCGAGCUAACAAAAUUGCUAGAACAAGUCUCUGGGUCGAUCCAGUAUAAAAAGGAGUACGAAAGGUUGAAAGAGGAAUUAGAGAAAGCACGUACUGCUACUUCCGAACUGCUUCAAUCGAGGAAAAGGGCACAUGCAGGUGUGAAGAGCUUUAAAGAAGGAGUCAAUAAAGAUGAAGAGUUUAGGAAACAAUCUACGGAAAGGGAGAAUUUACAAAGGCAAUUGUCCUUGUGGCAGUUAUUCCACUUAGAAAGCCAGAGAACUCAGUUAACCGAGAAAUUGAAAACCUGUAGGCUCAAAUCGACUGAAAUUAAAAAUAAACUCGCCAGUGAGGAAAAGCUUCUCCAAAAAUCGAGGACUUCAUAUGCAAAGGAGGAGAUAAAGGUGACGAAACGCAAAACAAAUAUCAAUAAAAUCAUGGAAACUAGAGAUGAGCUAAAUUCAGCACUGUUGCCCAUCAAGAGUUCGAAAAAUGCUUGUAGCAAAAGAAUUAAUUCGAUUGAGAGGAGAAUUGAUUCUUUAAAGAGAGACAUCGAGAGGCAAGAAGCAUCAGUAAAACAGUUUGCUCAUCAACUCAAGGUCGUAAAUAGAACAAAAGAAGCAUUUGAACGUGAAAUUGAAGAAGCUUCUCGAGCAUUUGGUAAGUUCAAGCUAGAGGAUGGUGAUCUUAAAGAGUAUGAAACGUUGAAAGAACUGUUUCUGAGCUCAGGUGGAUCUGCUUUGGAGGAAAAGAUAGCCUUAAAGAAAAAUGAUAUGGAAGAAACUCAAAACGAAGUGAGUCUCUAUCAAAAGAGAAUUUCCACUUCUGAGGUAAAAAUAAAUGAAGUACUGAACGUAGAGAUCGAGGAGUUAAAAUCUCAAGUUGAAGAAUCUACCCAGAACCUGAAUGAUAAGAACUCAUCUUUAUCUAAAAAAGUAAAAGAUUUAAAGGCAUUACAAUCAAAGGCAGAAUCAAGAACAAACAAGGAAUAUGAGCUCAACUACAAACUUAGAGAAAUCCUCAAGAAGCUUGAUGAUAUGAAUGCGGACCAAAGGGAGAGUAACAAAGACCGCAAGUUACGUGAAAACGUUUCGAUUCUCAAAAGGUUAUUUCCUGGCGUGAAGGGCUUGGUCCACGAUUUAUGCCAUCCCAAGAAAGAUAAGUAUGCAAUUGCUGUUUCUACCGUAUUAGGUAAAAAUUUUGAUUCUGUUAUCGUGGACAGCUUUGCCGUUGCACAGGAGUGCAUUUCCUAUCUUAAAAAACAGCGCGCAGGUAUAGUGUCAUUCAUUCCUCUAGACACAAUUGUUGUGUCAAGGCCAGCAAUUCCCUUCAAUGACGUUAAGGGUUGUGUUUUGACCAUCGAUGCUAUAGAGUACGAAAAUCAAUUCGAAAGAGCUAUGCAGUAUGUUUGUUCAGAUUCGGUCAUUUGUGACAAUUUAUCUGUCGCAAAGGAUUUGAAAUGGAAUCGCGGCGUCAGCUCGAAAAUGGUUACACUUGAGGGUGCUAUAAUUAAUAGGUCAGGACUUAUGACUGGUGGUGUUUCCAGGAAUUCGAGCAACAGAUGGGAUAAAGAGGAGUAUCAAAGCUUAAUGUCUUUGAAAGAUCAAUUGCUCGCAGAAAUAUCAGAAUCUUCCUUGGAAGGGAGGUUAGAGGUGGAGAAAUUGAGAACACUAGAAAAUGAAAUAUCAUUCACAAAUGCAGAAGUUUCAAACCUCAGAACUUAUCUCGCUCAAUUCAAGCGUGCUGUAGAUGAAAAGAACACAGAGGCCCAUUAUCAUAACGAUUUGAUAAAUAAUGACUAUCGUCCAAAACUAGCUCAAUUACAAACGACAGUUGAUGAGGAUAAAACUGCAAUAACAGAUUUGGAAGUAAAGAGGUCUAAGUUACAGGAAUCGAUUUAUUAUGAGUUCACCCAAAAAGUCGGAUUCUCCAUCUCAGAUUAUGAGAAACAUUCUGGUGAAGUAGUUAGAGAACAAGGUGAACAGCUACGUCAAUUACAGAAGCAAAUUGUCAAUGUCAGGAAUAAGCUUGAGUUUGAGCAAGAACGACUAGCGGCAACGAGAGUACGUUAUGAGAAAGUGCUGGACGAUCUCAAGAAAGCUUCGGAAAAUUUGAAGUCUUUAGAAAAUGAUGAAAAACGGGUUUUAGAGGCCUUGAAGGAUUGUGAAAGAGAUUUAAACGCAGAGCAGAGUGAAAUUGAUGAUCUUCUAAUCAAGCUAAAUGAAAAAUUGCAAGGUAUUAAGGCUAUGGACGAAUCUGUCGAGGAAAUGACCGGUAUCUUACAUCGCUGUAGGAAAGAAAAGGAAUUAAUAAAAGAAGAUAUAGACAAGAUAAGUCUCGAAAGGGCUAAUCUGUUGAAAAAUUGCAGGAUGCUCAACAUUGCUCUUCCUGUAAUCUCUUCCUCGCUGGAUGAUCUUCCCAUGGACAAGCUUGAUACGGCUACAAUCGAGGUUGCAAAUAACAUUCAAGUCGACUACAGCGAUUUGGAAACAAAAUAUCGGCAAAGUAGUGAUGAAAGGAUAGGAGAAAAGAUACGAAAGUCGAUUCGGGAAAUUGACGAGAUUUUGACAAUUUUACAACCUAAUUCUAGAGCUGCCGAGAGAUACGAGGAUGCCCAGGCCAAGUAUGAUGCCAUUUUCAAAGAAACAGAAAAAUCCAAGGCUCAAGAAAAGCGUGUCUGUGCCGAAUUCAUGAAAGUUAAACAAUUAAGGAAGGAAGCUUUCGAAGGAGCUUUCAAUCAUGUGAAAGAGCAUAUUGAUCCGAUAUAUCGGGAUUUAACGAAAGACCCUCGAUCGACAGCACAGUUAGCAGGCGGGAACGCCUCUCUUACCUUAGACGAUGAAGACGAGCCAUAUCUCAGUGGAAUUAAAUACCACGCGACGCCACCCUCAAAAAGAUUCAAAGAUAUGGAAUAUUUAUCGGGGGGCGAAAAAACUAUUGCUGCUCUGGCCCUGAUUUUCGCUAUCAACUCAUUCCAGCCUAGUCCCUUUUUUGUUCUGGAUGAAGUGGACGCAGCUUUGGAUAUUUCAAACGUCGAAAGAAUCGCUACCUAUAUAAGGAAGCACGCACAAGCAAAUUUACAAUUCAUUGUCAUUUCAUUGAAAAAUACAAUGUUCGAAAAGUCUCAGUCUCUUGUCGGCGUGUUCAGACAGCAGAAGGAGAACACUUCCAAAGUAUUAACCCUGAACUUGGAUCAAUACUCUGAUUAG